AUGCCUAAAUACUACGAGGAUAAAGAGGAAGACAACCGAGCGUGUGCUGGGAUAAGAGAAGAUUUCAAGGCUUGUCUCCUUCAACACGACUGCGUAGUCAAGGAAGGAAAGAUGCCAAGCGAGUGUUUGAAGGAAGGCCAUUGCAAAGCCUUGCAGACAUCAUUCUUCGAGUGCAAGAGGUCCAUGCUGGAUACGAGGUCAAGAUUCAGAGGAAGAAAAGGAUAUUAA